UUUUUUCCAUUGUCACUGAGAGGUCAUGUCUGACUGCUGAUCAUGAAAUCCACUCUCAUGCUCCUUGCACUUGCUAUCCUGGUUUUCCAGAUAAAAGCCGAGCCAAAGACAGAACAAGAGCCAGAGCCAGAUCAAGAUCAAGAGUCAGAGCAAGAGCCUCUUGACAUUUCAGAUGAAAAUUAUUCCUAUGAUUCAGAAGUAGCAAUCCAGCCAAGGAAUACCAUUUUCUGCAAUGCUGCUGGAGCAAGAUGCCGCAGCCGCUGCCUUUCCCGUGAACGGAUGAUUGGAAGAUGCAAUGCAAAGAAACGUUGCUGCCUGCAGUACGGAUAAAGAACAUAACUAGUAGAGAUUCAAGACAUGGAAAAUUACCGUCUUUAGAACAAAAAUAGAAUAGCCCACCAAUCAAGAUAAAUAAAUCCUGUUUAUUUC